ACUCAUACAAAAAUUUUGGAUCAUUAGAUUAAAAUAAUAUUUCUAUUUUUCAAUGUCACAAGAGACUAAUAAAAACAGACAAAUGAAAUGAUGUACUAAAUAAUACUUUAGCCGGCCAAUUAUAUACUAAUUUUAUUUAAAAAACCUCCAAGAGCUACUUGCUAAUCUCCACAACUAAUGCUUUACUUAAAUUAAUAAACCACCAUUAAUUUCACUAAUUAAGUGAUUAAGCAGAUUCUUUGUCAUCUCUUUCUAUUACACAAUACGACAAAUUCCCUCUUUUGGCAUUUCAUUACCAAGACUUAGUCAAACACACCACUAAUAUUAUGAAUAUGAACAUGACUUCCUAGAAAAUGUACAUUGUAAUAAUCUCAACACAGAAAGCUAUGAUCAUCUCUAAUUUUUCCUUUGUAAUAAUCAUAAUAAUAAUCCCUUAUGCAUCUCCAUUAAUCUUCAACUUCACAAGCUUCUCCCCGAACGAUCUCGACAUCCACUACGAACGAUCGGCGUACGCAGCGAACAACGUGAUCCAGCUCACCACUAACCAACGAGACUCGAGCCCGUUCGCAAGCAUAGGCAGAGCAACCUACUCCACUCCACUCCAUUUAUGGGAUAAAGCCUCCAACAAACUCACCGAUUUCUCGACGAAUUUCUCGUUCGUCAUCAACUCUCUCAAUAAGGCCGAAUACGGAGAUGGAAUCUCCUUCUUUCUAGCACCUUCCGGGUCGAAAAUCCCUCAAGGCGCAACCAAAGGCGGAGCAAUGGGCCUAACCGUAGACAAUGACACGUUGAACUCCACGGAUAAUCCGUUUGUGGCCGUGGAGUUCGAUAUAUACUCGAACGAGUGGGACCCGCCGAACGAGCACGUGGGCAUCGACGUCAACUCGAUGAGGUCGGUGGCGAACAGGACUUGGUGGAGUGGGGUUAGCAUUAUGCAGGGGUUGAAGCAUACCGCGUGGGUGAACUACGAUUCGGGAUCGAAGAAUUUGAAUGUGGUGUUUAGUGGUUUUAGGAAUGGUAGUUAUGUUCGGCAGCGGGUUUCUCAGACGGUUGAUCUUCGAGAGUACUUGCCCGAGUUUGUUACUUUCGGUUUCUCUGCUUCGACCGGUAACGCUUCGGCGUUGCAUAGCAUUUUGUCUUGGAGAUUUACUUCGAAUCUUGAUCUUGAAGUAGUACAAGGUAGUGUGACGAAUACCGGUUUAGUAUCUGUGGGCCCCACUUCACCGAUAUCCGUUUCGAGUAAAAAUAAUGCAGGAUUGGCGGUUGGAUUGUCGAUUGGAGGGUCACUUUUGUUAUUAGGGUUGAUUGUAGUGGUUGUUUUUUGGAAGAAGAGAAUUAAUAGAUUAAAGAAGAAUGAAGGAGACGAGUUCUUCGAUAUUAUCAUGGGUGAUGAUGAAAUCGAAAGAGGAAGUGGGCCCAAGAAGUUCUCAUACGAUGAGCUGGCACGAGCGACGAACAAGUUCUCCGAGCACGAUAAGCUUGGAGAGGGAGGAUUUGGAGGUGUCUACAAAGGGUACCUCGAAGGAAUCAAAUCGAAUGUUGCGGUGAAAAGAAUUUCGAAGGGAUCCAAACAAGGGAUAAAAGAAUAUGCUUCCGAAGUGAAGAUCAUUAGCCGGUUGAGGCACCGAAAUUUGGUGCAACUACUUGGGUGGUGCCACGAAAAGAAAGAAUUACUCCUCGUUUACGAGCUUAUGCCAAAUGGUAGCUUGGAUUCCCAUCUUUUCGGAGAGACUAGUAAAAAAGGCUCGUUGAAUUGGGAUAUUCGGUUCAAAAUCGCGCAAGGGUUAGCUUCUGCUUUGUUAUACUUACACGAGGAGUGGAUACAAUGUGUGGUGCAUAGAGAUAUAAAAUCGAGCAACGUGAUGUUGGAUUCGGACUACAAUGCUAAAUUAGGCGAUUUUGGGCUUGCUCGUUUAGUGGACCACGAAAAGGGGGACCAAACGACCGUUUUAGCGGGGACCAUGGGGUAUAUGGCCCCCGAAUGUGUUGUCACGGGUAAGGCUAGCAAAGAGACGGAUGUUUAUAGCUUCGGAGUGGUGGCGUUGGAGAUAGCAAGUGGGAGACGGCCAAUAGGAAACGGACACGUGGAGGGUUUGGUUGAGUGGGCGUGGGGGUUGUACGGGAAAGGGAAGGUUCUAGAAGUUUCCGAUCCGAUGCUACUAAUUUGUGAUCGUUUAAAUGUGAAGGAGUUGAGGCGGUUGAUUGUUGUUGGGCUUUGGUGUGUUCAUCCGGAUAGUAGUGCUCGGCCUUCGAUAGGACAAGUGGUUCGUGUGCUUAGGUUUGAGGGUGAAUUGCCCGUUUUGCCCCUGAGGAUGCCGGUGCCGAUUUAUUGCACUCCGGCGUUGGAUAUGUACGCGUCGUUUCCGAAGGGAACGUUUUCUUUUGUCGGUAGCGAGAAAACGGAGUCGUCUUCGAAGUUUACGGCUUCUUCUUCAGGGGCAUCUUCGGCAUCACUUUUGUACUAAUGAUGUAUGAUUUGGGUAAUUGUGUUUUUUAUUUUCUUUCUUGAGUAAUGUAUGUUUUUAAUGAUUUUGUAUCUAUACUAUGAUUCUUUCUA